CGUCCUAAUAUGACGACACGCGCCAAUAGCAACCAAGGACGAUACAGAUUCAAUACAGCGAGACACUAAAUUUUGAGAAACAACACAUAAUAUUAAGGUUUCAGGUUUAACGAACAAUAACAUUAGAGCUAAGAUUAGUCUAAACUCUAGUGUCUAGAUCUAGACCCAGUCUAGGCAAUUGUAUUUACAGUGUAACAGAACAGAAAAGGAAAUAUGUUCUUAUGGUUGUGUGUGAAGGUAUGAUUCAACUCACGUGACUUAAUCAUUAUUUUCAAAACUUUGAAGGAUUUCAUUAAGAAUGAAGCUCACACUGAUUCGCGAUUGAAAGAUGCAGAAGUUCAAAUUUUUUGUUAACAAAUUACCGCAAACGGCAAUGAGGGUCCGCGGCCACUUCUACCUCCUGGCUGUUUUGCUCUAUGUUUGCAUUCAUCAAGGCUCGACACUUUGUCCCCCCAGUCCGCUUGAACCAGGCUUCCCUUGUUAUUUUAUUCCGCUGACCCCCGAAAACUGGGAAGACGCCAAAAGAUAUUGUUUGGACUCAAAAGCCACACUAGCCAUUUUGCGCACGAAGAAGAACAUUAUGCUCGGCGUCAAGGCAAGCUACAAAGACUAUCAGGAAGUUUGGAUAGGAGGCCGUUCUAAAGGUGGAAAGUGGGAGUGGGAAAUUGAAGACAUGGCAAAAGCUGCGGUGGCUGAUGGUUUGGUAUCAACAUCUGGAUUACCUAUCACUGCUGCACCUUCUAGUGGCAACAACACCAACCCUCCGGUUGGGAUCGCGGAUGGUUUAUGUCUGGUACUCAACGCCGAUUCAGAAAUUGCAAGCGCAACCUGCACAGACAAAAAGCAUUUCUUGUGCGAAUAUCCUAUUUGCAGCCCAGGGUGCAAAGAGCCAAAACAAAAUGCGACAAAUGCUGGCGGAAGUAAAACUAAACGGGCAGACCCACCUGAUGCAAACGCAACAAAACCCAAUGCUCCUACUGGGGGUGGAGAAUUGGUGGAGACGCCUACGUGUGAUAUAAUAGGACAAACCAUGAAGUGCAUUGAUGGAUGCCAAGAAGGGUACAUGGGCGACGAAUGUUUUUUAAUAUCCAGACCAAAGUGUUCACCCAAUUGCAAGAACUGUUCAGACGGCCUAACCUGUGACGGUGGUUGUAGAAAGGGAUAUACUGGAGUCGAUUGCGAAUUAGCGUGUAGGUGUUCUAACCCAAGAAACCAGUCCGACACUUGUCCAGUGAUGAACAUAUGCGCUGCAGGUUGUUAUGCCGGCUUUUACGGAGUUGCCUGUGAGAAAGCAUGCAGUUCUGGUUGUGGAGGAGACACAAGCUGUGACCAGACCACAGCAGCUUGUUCAUAUGGUUGUACGCCACCGUACACAGGCCUAACCUGUAACAAUGAGGAAGCCGACGCAUAUGAACUUAAAACCACAGUCGGUAUGGUGAAAGAAGAUUUGAGCACAACGGGUACCACUGGGAGUCAGACACCAAUCAGCGAGCAACUAUCGAGUGAAGAUGUGUUCAGUUUUUCUCGUCCGGAAUUUCUAAUAACCACACCAUUGUAUUCGAAAUCCGAGCCCGGAGAUACAAAAUCUAGAGAGGUCCUUGGAUUCAUAACUAUCGGCUCAAUCACGGGAAUUUCCAUCGUUGUCAUCUUCAUUGUCGUGGUCAACGUGUUUUACAACAAGAAAAACGAAAAGAAACCAGAGGAGCCGGUGGUGGAGAUGGCACAGCAGCCAGAGGAAGAGAAAGUUCUGGAAGUCUUGAAGUCAUCCACAAGUGUGUGAAAGGCAUCGGAGUGCUUGUCGUCAUGGCUACUAGAAUAUUUCUGUGGCUAAGUUUUGAGUGAAACUAGUAGACUUGGGUAUUUUUUUUUUUUUUAGAAUUCAGUCGAGUCGAACUGAAAUCUACACGUUAAUUGUUUUCAAUUGAAAUAUUUUACGUAAUUUCUACCUU